GUGUGAAGUGCCGUCGAGCAAGUUUGUCGGUUUUUGUCGCAAGGAAAAGGGCAUGUACAGUUGGCUCAUAUUGGAGACGAGUGUGUAUGUAAAGUCUGUGUUGAAAACCGUGGUUCACUUCAUGCCUACUGCUUCCGAUAUGAGCGACUAAAGGAUAUCGAGGCUUUAUGACUGACGGAGUCGCUCAGGCAACAGUCUUAGACUCAAGGACUGUUUCGCCUGAAUACUGGUAUUGCCGUCAACAAUGGCUCCCAAAAGCAAAAAGAAUGAAAAGUCCUCAGUGACAUCCGCGAGGGCUACAACAGCUGACGUGAAGCUCCCUUCAUGGCCGCCCUUCAAACCAUUGCUACCGGAAGUGGAUCUCCGACUUCACGAACUAGUUCCAAACCAGAUCUUGACUGUGUCGAAUCUCUUUAGCUCGAAGCUUUGCAAAGAAUACGUAAAUUUCUUGAGCUCACUACCAAUGGUCACUACGCCUGGAAAACCAAAGAAGGGAGAGGCAGUGCGCGUGAACGACCGCUUCCAGGUCGAUGACGCCGCAUUUGCUGAGCGGCUAUGGUGCGAGACAGCCUUGAGGAAUCUCAUUAUGGGCGUCAAUCAGGAGGGCGCUCUACCAUUGUCUGAUGAUGGGCUGGAGAAACUCUGGGGCGGCUACGUGGUUGGUCUCAACCCAAACAUCCGGAUCUACCGGUACAGCAAAGGGCAGUUCUUUGAUCAACACUACGACGACUCGAACAAUGUCGUCCUGCCUGGGACACCUUCGGUACCCGCUCGUACUACAUGGACCUUGCUACUCUACCUGACAUCACCUGCAACAGGAUGCAUUGGAGGGGAGACAGUGUUUUAUCCUGAAGAUGAUCUGCCUAAAAAGUCGAAAGCUGCCAAGAAUCAAACAGUGGGGCCCGUUGUUGUCGGACUAGAGGCUGGCAUGGCAUUACUCCAUCGCCACGGGGCCGAAUGCAUGCUUCACGAAGGACGAGAAGUUAUACAGGGCGAAAAGUGGGUCAUCAGGAGUGAUCUUUGCGUUCAACGCUGAACCAUGGAGAUCCUUUCGCGGAUGACGUCUCGCCUUCGAUGAUAUCCUAUCCAGCAAUCCAUGUACACCUAGGCUGAAUUAGGGAAGUGGACGGCAGUCACGACGAAGAUCAGAGGCGCAGAAAAGCUUCACAUCCACAAUUCUUCUUUGGGGCGCUGGUCGCAUAUGGACCAUAGUAGAGACAAGCGACGGUCUGACUGACGGUUAGGGGCUCAUGUUUUACGACGAGUAAACCCAACAAACUUGCGAUCGUACCGUUCCGUUUCCAAUCAACAUUUGACGACUCUAUUUAUCAACAAGAGAAACAGUCAUGUUUUGU